AUGCUUACAGCUGCGAUUCUUCUGAGCAGUUACGAAGCUAUAGCAGCCUCCAGAAGUUCACAUAAGUCGCACUAUAAAGGUGCUCUAAAUUUGAUACUCACUCGAGGCAUUUCGGCUAGAUCUAUCGGACUUGAUAGAGCCAAUUUCUUCGUGUAUUUACGGCAUGAAAUCACCAUCGCUUUAAACGACGGGCUACCUCUCCAAUUUGAUCCUCUUAGCUGGAAUAUUGCAAAGCCAGGGGCGGGCGCCAGUGAAGAUAACAUUGCCAACUACUUAAUGUUACUUAUCGGCCAGAUUGUGAACGUGAUACACAGCGGAGAAGACUCGCUAUUAGAGCGGAGAACGUUGGAGAGACAAAUUGACGAAUGGUACAGUGCUGUCAGUCAAGAAUUCCGGGGCAUCUCCUACGGUAAAGCCGUCGAGGGCAGACCACAGAAGAUUUUCUUCCCGAUUCCUGCCACAGCUGCUGCGAUGAUAUGGUUUUAUACAGCCCGAAUUCUCCUUUCGGCAAAAGAAAUGGCUUCUGACCGGUCAUAUGGACUACUGAUAGAACAAAGCUCCAAGUCUAUUAUUCAAAUUGCAUCUUCUGUACUACCAGCAAGCGUCCGAUGCUUUGCAAUCACUCCAAUAUAUAUUGCUGGCAAAUACACUAAUGACAUUUCGAGUCGAAUCCGCUGUUGCUUAUUGCUUGAUGCCAUUGAAAGAGAAAUUGGGUAUCGUACGCAAGACAAGAUAAAAUCUCUGGAGGCUAUGAUUCGCUGA